AUGGAGGCGUACCGUGGGAGGACGGCGCUGACUGGGAAUGUGCAGAACGGAGACUGCUCUCUUUCCAUUCAGAAUGUGACAAACUACAAAUCCAGGCUCUACGUGCGAGUGCGAGCAGUGGAGUUCUACAGUUUCUACAACUACCCUGUUUCCAUCAAAGUAACUGCCUCAGUCACACCCGCCCAGCUGCUGGACUGCAGACGUGGACGAAAUGAAGCAGCAGCAUUUACAGUUGAACUCAGUUUUGAUCUGGGCUCUGAAGCCUCUCAUGGUCUCGAGCACCUGCAAAUUAACUCAGGCAUCUUUCUCCGCCCCUGCCUUCAGCCGUCUCCUCUCGUCUGCGAGAUCAAGGAAGCCUUCUCCGCUUAUGACAAAAAUGGAGAUGGGGUCAUCACUGCUCACGAGCUGGGGACUUUCAUGACAUCAUCGGGGUUGAAUGCGACACAAGCUGAACUCCAAGACAUGAUUUCUGAGUUGGACGCUGAGGGUAAUGGGACCAUUGACUUUGGUGAGUUUCUGUCAAUGGUGUCGAGACGAAUGAAGCCACGUCGGGAUGAGAUGAGGGAGGAAUUCAGAAAGUUUGAUAUGGACGGCAACGGUUUCAUCAGUGCGGCUGAAAUGCGUCAAACACUAAAGAGUCUUGAAGUGACUCUUACCGAUGAAGAAAUAGGAGAAAUGAUGAGAGAAGCAGAUAUCGACGGAGAUGGCCGUAUCAACUACGAAGGUAUGAUCGGCUGA